AUGAGCUAUAGCACGCCAUACAAUGCUGUUUAUGAGGACGAGAAGAAAAGGCAGCUGGACUACAAGCGUCGGUCGCCGCUGGACCGGCUUGGAUCGGCAAUUGCCCGGCAUAGAAAAAUAGCUUUGGGCGUGUUUUGCACGCUGUUCGUGAUGUUUUGGUUUGGCCUUACAAAGUUUACGCUAUUCGCACGGAGCCCCAAAAUCGUGCUCAUAUUGGCCGUGAAUGACGGAGGCGGUGUGCACAAGUGGAAGGGCGAACAAGACUGGGCAAUUGAACGGAUAUCGAUUCAGAACAAGCGUGGAUACGCGAAACGACACGGAUAUGGACUGACCAUUAAAGAUAUGCGCACAGCAAAACGUUAUUCUCACGAGUAUCGUGAAGGGUGGCAGAAAGUUGAAGUUUUGCGCCAAACAAUGCGGGAGUUCCCGGAAGCAGAGUGGUUUUGGUGGCUGGACCCAGAAACGCUAAUAAUGGAACCACAGUUGUCGUUGGAAGAACACUUGUUUAAGCGUAUGGACACAUUGUCGUACCGUGUUCUGGACGAGCUCAAUCCGUUGCAACUACCGUCAGAUAUCCCGUACGUGGAUUACUCACAGCAGCCCGAGCUGUUCAUCACACAGGAUUGUGGAGGGUUUAAUCUGGGUUCGUUUUUGAUAAAAAACUCGGAAUGGAGCAAAUUGCUGUUAGACGUGUGGUGGGACCCAGUGUGCUACGAACAGAAACACAUGAUGUGGGAGCAUCGCGAACAAGACGCACUGGAAGCACUGUAUGCACGCGAGCCGUGGAUUCGCGAGAAAACAGCUUUUUUGCCCUUGCGGAGCAUCAAUGCGUUCCCACCAGGCGCAUGCUCUGAGUUUUCCGACGAUACCCGUUAUUUCUACAGCGACAAGGAACGUGAUUUUGUGGUGAACAUGGCUGGAUGCAGUUUUGGUCGUGAUUGUUGGGCUGAGAUGCAACGUUACGGAACUCUUUUGGAGACACACAACCGCAAAUGGUGGCGUCGUGUAUUUUGA